AUGUCUAAGGAGCAGGAAAAAAAAAUGACAAAGGAGGAGAGGGAAAAGCUCCAUAGAUUAAAAAAAAAGAAAUAGUAGAAGCAGAAGAAGAAAGAGGAAAGAUCAAAUCAAAGUAAUGUUUAAAGUGAAUCUUCAUUUGACUCAGUUUCUGUGCAGACUGAAGUCUCAGAUAACACUCUCGCACGUCUUUCUCAUUAAAAUCAAAAUAAUAUUGCUAAUAGUGAAAUGCACUCUAAUGAUAAUAUUGAAGAUGUAGAAUAUGUUUAUGAAAGUGAGGACAACGUUUUAACUGGAUAAUAUUAUGAAUUAUUUAAAGAUGUGUUUAAAAAAUACUCAGAGAAGUAAGUUAGCGCUUAAGAGUAAUAAGAAAUCGAAGAAGAAAAGAAUGAAGAGGAGUAAAAGAAAUUGUAAGAAGAAUAUGAAGAGAAAAAAGCUAAAAGAGCUUAAGAAAAGCUUGAAAAAGAGUAAAACAAGGAGAAAUUAUCACGUAAAUAGCGUAAAUAAUAGAGAUGGUUGCAAGUUGCAUAGCUUAAGGCUCUCGUAAAGAGACCUGAUUUAGUAGAAGCAUGGGAUAUUACUGCACCUGAUCCAAGAACCUUAGUUUUUUUAAAAUCUUUAAAAAAUACUGUCCCUGUGCCUCGUCACUGGUGCCAAAAGAGAAAAUAUCUUUAAAACAAGCGUGGUAUUUUGAAAUAACCCUUUAAAUUGCCAGAAUAUAUUGAAAACACUGGUAUUGCCAAAUUAAGAGAUCCUUUCUCUGAAAGAGACGGUAUAACAAUGGUUAAAUAAAAGCUAAAAGAACGUAUGAAUCCUAAAAUGGGUAAAAUUGAAAUUGAUUAUGAUGUACUUCACGAUGCUUUCUUCAAAUAUCAAACUAAACCCAAGCUUACCAUUCAUGGUGAUAUCUAUUACGAAGGAAAAGAAGAUGAGUGUCAAUCUAAGAAGUAUAAGCCUGGAAGAAUGAGUGAAGCAUUGAGAUCAGCUUUAGAAAUAUCAGAUUACGCUCCUCCACCUUGGUUGGCUAGUAUGCAACGUUACGGUCCACCUCCAUCUUAUCCAAACUUGAAAAUUAUUGGUAUGACUUAUCAUGACUAAGGAGGAAGCUUUUUAAAUAAAGUUGCUAUUGAGGAAUAGGUAAAGUAAAUGAAUAUGCCUGGUAUCUAUGGUAUUUUUAAAUCAGAUGAUGAUGGGAAUGAUGAUGCCAUUCCAGUGCCUAAAGGAUAUUGGGGACAAGUCAUUGAAGAUGAUGACCAUAAUGUAGAAGACUAAGCUGAAGUUGUUGAGGAUUAAGACUUAGAUGAAGAUGACUUAGGAGACGAUGAUGUAGACUUCGAAGAAUAACUCUAAUCCUACGAUAAAUAAGGUGGACAAUAAUAAAAUUAUCCCAAACAUGCGGCAGUCAAUCAAUCAAAUGCUGCUGGCUUUGAGACACCUGAUGUAGAUAUUAGAGGAUAACCUGCUUCAGAGGCUCCUCUUUAUCAUGUGCUAGAACAAGUUCCAACAAAAGGAUAAUCUGGAGCUAUAUUAGGAAGCUAACACACUUAUAUAAUGCAUGGCUAGCAUUAAAAUUGA